UCAAUGGAACUGAAAUCAAGCACCAAUGGGUCUAGUGCGGAUCUGUUCGAAAACUAUACCUUCAAUGCCGAUAACAACACCAACAAUGGAACACCGGUUCCAGAUUUUGGCAAUGAUGCUGCCUGGAUUCUCACCUCAACUUUCAUUAUCUUCACCAUGCAGUCAGGAUUUGGUCUGCUCGAAUCUGGAGCUGUCUCGAUGAAGAAUGAAACGAACAUUAUGGUAAAAAACGUCGUUGACGUCGUACUCGGAGGAAUCACCUACUGGCUGUUUGGCUACGCGCUGUCCUUCGGGGAGUCGGAGUGGACGAAUCCGUUCUGCGGCUGGGGAGGUUUUGCCUUGAACCCCGACGAAGAUGCGAUGGGGGAGGUCUACACCAAAUUUUUCCAACUCUCUUUCGCCACGACUGCCACCACAAUCGUGUCCGGAGCAGUAGCUGAAAGGUUCAACUUCGUGGCCUACGUGCUUUUCUCAACGGUCAACACAGUCAUCUACUGCAUCCCCGCUGGCUGGCUUUGGGGUAACCACGGUUUUCUCCGCAAAAUGGGAGUCAUCGACAUUGCUGGGUCGUGCGGUGUCCACGUAUGUGGAGGAUCCUCUGCUCUGGUGGCUGCUCGACUGGUAGGACCCAGAAUCGGCAGGUAUGACCAAGGAGAGAGUCCUUUACCGAUGGGAUCGCCAACGAAUGCAAUCCUUGGCAUGUUUAUGCUGUGGUGGGGAUGGUUAGGAUUUAACUGUGGAAGCACGUAUGGAGUCAGUGGAGCUCUUUGGAAAUACGCUGCUCGCACGGCCGUCAUCACUCUUAUGUCCAGCAUUGGAGCUGGCCUCGCCGGAAUGAGCAUCUCAUGGUACAAGAAUCAUCGUCUUGAAAUUGGUGACGUCGUUAACAGCGUCCUAGGAGGUCUUGUGUCCGUCACUGCUGGCUGCGCUCUCUUCACUACCUGGGAGGCUCUGGCUGUUGGUACCAUAGGAGGCACAAUUUCCGUGAUGGCUAUGCCCAUGUUUGACAAAAUGCAUAUUGAUGACCCCGUGGGGGCUACUUCAGUACAUGGACUCUGUGGUAUGUGGGCCAUGAUAGCAAUCGGACUUUUUGUCAAAGCAGACUCGCUUUUACGUUUUACUAGCGGGAACGCGGGACUCUUCCGAGGCGGGGGGUUUUACUUACUCGGCAUUCAGACCCUUGCCUGCGCUUGUAUCUCCGUAUGGUCAAUGCUCUCCACGUACGUCAUACUAAAAGCUAUCGAUAUGUUUUGCGUCUCGAUUCGAAUGUCCGAGUGGGAGGAGUUGGUAGGCGCCGACUUUGCCGAGCACGCCAUUCGUCGGAGGAAUAUCGGUGUGAGCCGAGCUGUGUCUGUUCUUGGGCUUCAGCACCACGGACGCGAUUACAGUGAUAUUGCUCCUCAGGGAGACAAUCCGUGCCAUCAGUUGGUGCUGGCUGAGAUGAAAGCUAUGUCGAGGCGUGGCUCAAGUGUUUCCAGAGCUGUGGCCCGGGUAACUGAUAAAAAGGCGAAGAUGAAGAUGCCGUCCUUUAACUUCCUUUCCUUCUGUCGAAGGAAGAAGAGUGCGAGGAGUUCCACCAGCGCCAGGAACAAGAUUAACGUCAUACCCUUUCAGCCUCCGGAGGGUUAUGGUGCUUGGGAAUGAAAGAGCAUCUUGCAGAUUAUUAAAUUUGGUCUAAAUAGUAGCAUCCGAUUGUGCGUGACUUCCGGCGAAUGGAAUGGAAGGACGACACUUCGACCAUGCUCGGAGCAUUUGGCAAAUGAUUAAAGUUUGCUCAGUCAACACAAGUACAAUAUAUAGGCCUACUGUGCGUUGAAAUCUGAAAUCCCAUUAAAACAGAGGUCAUUUUUGUUUUGAGAAAUCGGGUGAUUUUGAGUAGGAUUUUGUAACUAAUAAAGGUAGUACAUUAACUUAGAUAUUAAUGGUAUCGCAAUCAGCAUGAAAUCUUAGCGGAUGUCAUGAUGAAGUUUCAAGUGACUAACCUCAGCCAUUUACUAGAAAAUAAGUUAUUAUGUUUUGGUCUCGAAGUCGGAUCACCACACGUUUGCAAUCAUAUUAGAAGCACCUAUCAUUGGGACCUUAUCAAGAGUAGUAAGAGUGAUCAUAUUUAUUUAAUAGUUAGUUAAUUCAUCAUGAUGCUUAUUGAUAGAAUCCAUUCUUACUUAGUAUUCAGUCUUAUCUCACAACAACUAUCUUUGGGGACAUGUAAUUGUCCUCUUUUCUUCUUGGCUCGUUUUAGCAUAGAAAGUAA